AUGGAUCUACUACGCACGUACGGGAUCCCUCACCAGUCCAUGUCGUUUGUGGCGAAAAUAGAAACAUCCUCAUUGGGCAUGCAGUUUCGCUUUCAAAAGGUUUCCACUUUUCAUGCUUUAGGGAAAGUACUCAUCGUUGUGAACGUUGCAUCGCAAUGUGGUCUGACCAAUGCGAAUUAUACUCAAUUCAAAGAACUUCUGGAUAAAUACAAGUCUCAGGGAUUGGAAGUGGCUGCAUUCCCGUGCAAUCAGUUUGGUGGGCAGGAACCCGCUUGCGAACUUGAUAUCAAGAAUUUUGUGGCUAGCAAAUUCAAUUUCGAGCCAGAUCUCUAUGCCAAGGUCAAUGUGAAUGGUGAUAAUGCGGAUCCUCUAUUCAAGUUUUUGAAGAAGGAGCAGGUGGGCGGUACAAUGUUCGACGCUAUCAAAUGGAAUUUCACAAAGUUCUUGGUGGACAGAGAAGGAAAUAUAGUGAAA